AUGGGAAAAGUUGUUUUCGUUUUUCUUUUUUUUGAUUUCAGAUUUCUGAUAAAAAAAAUUAAUGAGUGAUUAAUUUUUAAUUUUCGACAUUUAUUUCCUAUUUCGGCGAUUAAUCAUUCAAAAUGGUGCUUACAGUAACCUCUUACGAAUCUCACGGUGAAGGGCCAGCUUUCGUCGGAAUUCGUUUCUGUCAAGAAUGCAACAAUAUGUUAUAUCCGAAAGAAGACAAAGAAAACAAGAAACUUUUGUACGCUUGUAGAAAUUGUGACCACAAACAAGACGCUGACAGCAACUGUAUUUACGUCAACAAAAUUAUGCACGAAAUCGAUGAAUUGACCCAUAUCGUAGCUGACGUAAUCUCCGAUCCGACUCUACCCAGAACUGAACAACAUCCUUGCCCAAAAUGUGGUCACCGAGAAGCGGUAUUUUUCCAAGCCCAGACUAGACGAGCUGAAGAGGAAAUGAGAUUGUAUUAUGUAUGCACCAGCAGCUUCUGCUGCCAUCGCUGGACGGAGUGAAUAAUAUAUUCGAUUUAUUUGUUAAGCUUUUUAAUUAUGAUUAAGAUUAUUAUUAUUACAACACAUACAUAAAAAAAAUUGUGAUUAUAUAUUAAAUCAAGUGAAAAAAACGAUUGUAAAAAAAAUAAACGUUUGAAGCUAGUUGAAA